CAGAGCACAGUGGGUGUUGAUCUAUGGAGCAGUCAUUAUGAGAAAAUGCAGGAUGAGUUGGGGAGAUUGAAAGAUGAGAACACUGCACUUAAAAGAGAGAUCAUGCAGAGAAGAGGUGAAGAAGUUGAUGGUAUGGAUAUAAAGGAACUAUGCAAUCUUGAGGAGGAAAUGCUUAAUGCUGCCAAAAUCAUACAAACUAGAAAGAACCUAGUGAUGCACAGUCGUAUUGAUACUUACAGGAAAAAGGUGAGAAAUUUGGAAGAUAUUCAAAGACAUAUAUGUCUCAACUUGGAGGAGGUGUUCGAGCGUCGACACGGGCGAGUGAUGGACCGGGAUGGCUUCGACUCUGCUGAAGCGUUUGCAGGCAUAGUUCAUCCCGCCAAUCCCGUUCCUGUGCAACAGCUUGCUCACCUUCGGAUAGACGAAGGCGAGGGUAGCUGUGUUACUACAGAAGCUGUGGAGGUUGAGUAUUCUGAUUAAUUAGGGUAAUUUGAUGAGGAAUAUAGGUUGAGAAAUGAGGAGACGUUGAACUUCUUAGUGUUAAUUUGGGUUGUUUGAGGUUGUCUUAACUCUCUGGAUUGUUAAUUUGUGGCUUUUAACCUUUGGAUCCUCUAUUUAUAUUGCAUCAUGUUAAUUACAUACUACUCCAUGUUUUAUUUUGCA